CUCUCAGGUACCAGACAAAAUGAGCAUGCUGGAGCAUUUGCACUUAGUUUUUUUAACACUGAGCUUUGUUUCUUUGAUGUUUUUUCUAUACAAACAAACAGAGAAUGGAAGUGAAAUAAAUAUCUAUUCCAGGACUAAUCUGGACACUAAAAUCAGACCACAGCUGGACACAAUCGAGGACAGGAAAUGUGAGGGGAAGAUUCACACGAGCCCGGUACCACUGGAGCUGACGCUCAGACAGCACUCUAGAAAGAUGCUGAUUUAUAAACAGUGCAUCGAUAACAGUAACUCAGACAUCAGUGGCAAAUGGGCGACAUUCGAUGACAUUCCCAAUGUGGAAUUGAGCAACCUGCUUGUAGAUGACCGCCAUGGAAUAAUUUAUUGCUACGUUCCAAAGGUUGCUUGUACCACAUGGAAACGGAUCAUGAUUGUUCUGAGCGAAAGUCUGAAAGUGUACGGUGUACCUUACAGGAACCUUCUAGACGUUCCCAUCGAGCAAGUUCACGGAUCAUCUCUACAGCAACUUAAUGCAUACCCCAAGGUAGUGAUGAAACAAAAACUUGAGACGUACCAAAAGUUCUUAUUUGUUCGAGAUCCUUUUGUCAGACUGAUUUCAGCCUACAAAGAUAAGUUUCAAAGUCUAAAUCAGAUAUUUUAUCGAAAAGACGGGAUGUACAUAUUGAAGAAAUUUGGACAUGUCUCUAAUCCGCCAGCAUCGGUAGAGCAAGCGCACGCUCAGGGCAUUGUUCCGUCUUUCUACAACUUCAUUCAAUAUAUCCUGAGCCUCCCAGCAGUACAUUACACAAAGUUCGAUGAACACUGGCGACAAACACUUCACUUGUGCCAUCCAUGUGCGAUCGAUUAUGACUUUAUUGGGAAAAUGGAAACCAUCGAUGAAGAUGCUGCUCACCUGCUGCGAAUACUCCGAGUUGAUAACAUUGUCGAAUUAAAACCGAUGACAAGAAGCAAAACAGAGCAGAGUGAGAUAAAGACCUGGUUUUCCAACAUUACCAUAGAGUGGAGGAGGAAACUCUAUGAUAUUUAUAAGGCAGACUUUAAACUGUUUGGAUAUGAGUAUCAUGACAAUCUAGAUGAUUAUAAAUCAGAAAACAUUACCUAAAUCACAUUGUUUGUUGUGUUGGGUUGUGUAAUGUAGUAUGAUGUAUGAUGUAGUAUGUAGUCGUCUUUGUUCAUUUCCUGACGUUGUUAGCUUUGUCACCUUUAUGGAUUUGAAUG